AUGUUCCCUCCUCUUCCCACUGAAACAUAUCGAGAAAUUUUCAAGUAUUUAGAUUUCCGUUCUCUAGGUAGUUGUGUCUUGGUGAAUAAAUCGUGGUUUUUAAAUGCAGUUGGUCUACUAUGGCAAGAUCCAUUUGAAUCAUUGAGCGAGGAUAAGGAGAUAAUCUCACGAGGACCAAAACUCAUUAGAACUUAUGCAUCAUGUUUAUCAUCCAUAUCGCGAAAAAAUCUUGAAUGUUUCCAACUUCUAUCACCGACUUCAACCGCGAAUAAAGCAAUCUUCAAUUACGCGUUCUUCUUGGUUAACCUUGAUUAUUUACUGCUGGUGACAUCGAUAAAACAAUGGAUUAAAGUAUCCUUGGGAGAUGAAAACUGUGAUCAGAAAGAGAUCGAAAGAGAAGUUAUAAAAGAAUUGUGUAGUUUAUUUUUUCAAAAUUGCGCAAGUCUGCGUAAACUUGGAUUUCUUCCACGUGGAUACACGUAUAUCUUUGCAGAAAAUUAUCUUCAGGAUACAACAUUCAUCCGAUUAGACAAACUUCCCAACGCCGAAAAUUGCUUGUCACACCUGGAAGAGCUUAGGUGUUUCGGCUUGACGCCUAACGAAGUUUUGUGCAAGAUAGCGGAAAUAUCAAAGAACCUCAAAGUAUUGGACAUUCGGGAUGGCACGGAAGAAAACAAAGGGUUAAGGAAUUUGUUUGAAGUUCAAACUAAUCUGCGAGAAUUUACGAUAACCACCACAGAACCGCUGUCAUGGAUUUCAAUAUCCUUGCGUAAAAAGGUGCAAAAUUUGCAAAAGAUCAACAUAUACUGUCACGAUCAUAUACCCCUUGGGAUAUUUGAAGGUGUGACAAAUAUACAAGAACUUACAUUAUGUGAUGAUCUGAGAUUUGCACCCGUGACCGGAGUAGAUCCUGUGAGGCAGUUCAAUUCGAAUCUCACGAAACUAGAGGUGCUAGACUUAACUCUAAGGGAUCGAAAUCUUUUGCAAAUUUCUUCUCUAAUUCGUAAAACAAAUGGUAGUCUACUUCAGGUUUCUUUGCAUUUUGGACGUCCUCUGGACUCUCAAAAUUUUUCCGCCCUGACCAGCACAAUUACAAGCGCAUGCCCUAAACUGAAACAAUUGACCCUUCGUGUUCCCAAUGACACAAUUUCAAAAAUACCAUUACUAUUUACUUCGUGCACUUCGCUCGAGUGCGUGACACUUGUCGGGGACAACUAUGAUAUUAGUGAGACAUUGAUAGAAAUGGGAAAUAGUUUGCCACGGAAUUUAAUGACACUUUGCUUGAAUCCCGAAAAGUGGAUAUAUAACGAAAGCUCAUUAAAAUCAUUCCUCGAACAUUGCGAAAAAAGAUUAAAAUCUUUUCCAUUAAAAUUUGCACGAAGCAAGAUAAGAGGGAAAUCGGAGGUUUUAAAUUCGUUUAUUGAGGAAGGUAUCGUGAGCUUAAUGUGA